UGAAGAAUCUUUUGUUCAAACACAAGAAGCGCGCUGGAAGUCAGUCCCGGCAUUGCGCAGUGGAUAUGGAUGUGGACGCCUCGUGCGCUCUGAUCUUUGGCGCGGAGAGGCUGCACUCAGCGGCGCGCAAGGUGGCCAAAUGAAUCACCGCACUCCCGGCUCCUCCAGCGUGCAAUGGCUUAACAGGAGAGACAUGAGUGUCCGAACGGAGGACAACUUCAGCUUGUGCCAAAGGGCCCUUCAGAUCGUUACGGAGCUCUGUCUAGCGGGGCAUGUAGAUGGGGAGAAAUGCUCGGCUAUAUUUCCCUUGGAGAGCAACAUACCAGGUAAAGGGAGCGCAGACAUCUCUAUCAGUCUCCUUGCUGUGGUCGUGGGUUUCUGUGGACUCGCCCUGUUGGUAGUCUCUCUCUUUGUCUUUUGGAAGCUGUGCUGGCCCAUCUGGAGGAGCAAGGCCCUCUCGUCCCACGUCGACAAUGGCCCCCGGGUCGGGCUCCCCGAGGCCCCUCCACCGCCCCCCCAGCCCGUCACACCCCUCCAAAAGGUGGCACCAAUGGAGGAGAAGAAGCCUGUGCCAGUGGUGAAGGUGAACGGGCGUUGCAGCUCCGUGAAGCUGCUAGAGGCGGCCAUGAAGAUCAGCCAGACAUCCCCGGACAUCCCUGCCGAGGUGCAGACGGCUAUUAGGGAGAGGCUGGGCCAGCAGGCCAAGAUUCAGAGGCAGACCACCGACCCCACCUCGUCCUCCAGGCACAAUUCAUUCCGCCGCCAUCUGCCUCGCCAGAUGAACGUGACGAGUGUGGACUUCAGUAUGGACACGCUCCCCAUCCGCCAGUCGUCCACCGUAAGCAUCGGCCGCAUCAAGCCAGAGCUCUACAAGCAGAAGUCUGUGGACUCCGAGGACGGGACCCAGGAGCCGGUGGAGACGUGCGGUAAGCUGAGCUUCUCCCUGCUCUACGACUACGAGGAACAGGCGCUGGUGGUCACGAUCCUUAAGGCCCUGGAACUGCCGGCCAAGGACUUCACUGGCACCUCCGACCCUUACGUCAAGAUCUACCUGCUGCCAGAGAGACAGAAGAAGUUCCAGACGCGUGUCCACCGCAAGACGCUCAACCCCACGUUCGACGAGGCCUUCUGCUUCCCCGUGGAGUACGACCAGCUGUGCAACCGCAAACUGCACUUCAGUGUCUACGACUUUGACCGCUUCACCAGCCACGACAUGAUCGGCGAGGUGGUGGUGGACAACCUCUUUGAGCUCUCCGACCUCUCGAGGGAGGCAGUGGUGUGGAAGGACAUUCACGCUGCGACCACGGAGAGUGUGGAUCUGGGGGAGAUCAUGUACUCUCUAUGCUACCUGCCCACAGCAGGACGGAUGACCCUGACCGUCAUCAAGUGCCGGAACCUCAAAGCCAUGGACAUCACUGGCUCCUCAGAUCCCUAUGUAAAGGUUUCCCUGCUCUGUGACGGACGGAGGCUGAAGAAGCGGAAAACUACCACCAAGAAAAGCACAUUGAACCCGGUGUACAACGAGGCCAUCAUCUUUGACAUCCCCCCAGAGAACGUGGAACAGGUCAGCCUGUCCAUCAUGGUGAUGGACUAUGACCGGGUGGGCCACAACGAGGUGAUAGGUGUGUGUCGGACGGGGCCAGAUGCUGAGGGCCUGGGGAGGUACCACUGGAACGAGAUGCUGGCCUACCCACGCAAGCCCAUUACUCACUGGCAUGCCCUGGGAGAGGUAGAGGACUGUUCGUUUUUUUCCCUCAAAUGGCCAGGAAGAGCGACAAGCUUUGAGAGCCAGGGGUCUUGUCCUUCCCCCAAACCUCCACAAACUCCAUAGGAAACACGAAUGGAACCAUAUGACCUGAUAGCAGAUUAACUAGAUGUGUACAGCUGUAGUAACCACAAUUCUGUCAGUUAAAAACAGAAAUGUCCAGUGCCAACGUUCGAUUCAUCCAGAUGACAGCAUUAUAGGUUGUGUUUAAUCGUAUAGGCCUAUUGCAUUAAUCAUCAUCAAUCAGGACUCUACAUUACAGAGUAAUGACACAAACAACAUUGGCAAUGAAUUUAUGUCUUGCAGGAAGGGGUUAGCCUACUUUUCAGUUAAAGGUCCAGUGCAGUCAAAAUGUGAUUGCUGUGCUUUGUAUCAUUGUACAACAGCUGAUGAAACUAACACUGUAAAAGUAUGCUCAAAAUUCCUGAGAGUUGCUGGUUGAAAAUACAAUACAUUUGUUUCAUAGAACCAAUAACAAAGAGAGUUCCAAACCUCUCUGCCAAUAACAGAUAGUUUUCAGUUUCCCCCGCCCCACGUAGUCCACUCCCAGAUAGUCCUCGCAAAAUUAUUGCUUGAGAAAUAGUAUUUAUCUAAAAAGCUAUUUUUAUCCAUUUGACUUAUUUGUUACCCAGAAAUUUGAUAUUGAUAUAAAAAUGACUGCAUUGGGCCUUUAAAAACAUUCUACAAUAUGGCCUGAUUUUGAAAUGCGGUUAUGGACCACACAUGAGAAUGCCUUGUUCGUGGAAUCACAACAUUUUACAUUUUAUGUGAAUUUACACAUUUCCAAAGUGUGUGUAUUGAAUAGUGUUAUCCAUGAUGAAUUCUCUAAUUUGUUUAAUUGCUUCAGUAACCUUUAUCACAUACCAUUUACAGUAUUAUAUUGCUUGACUGGAGUGGAAAAUUAAUCUUGGUUCGUACUAUGGCAUUAAUCAACCAAUGGUGUACUCCUCAGAGUAAACAGUUGAAUUAUCAGAAUUCUGUUUUCUGUCCUGUGCAAGAUAUUCAGUAUAGAGCUGUGACAACAAUUGAUUUUACCUCUCAAGAGUAUUAUUUCCAUUGUACAUUGUGAGAGGCACUUGGGUCCGAAAGGCUAGUGGUUAGAGCGUUGGACUAGUAACCGAAAGGUUGCAAGUUCGAAUCCCCGAGCUGACAAGGUACAAAUCUGUCCUUCUGCCCCUGAACAAGGCAGUUAACCCACUAGGCCAUCAUUGAAAAUAAGAAUUUGUUCUUAACUGACUUGCCUAAUUAAAUAAAGGUAAAAUAAAAAAAAUCAGAUAAUAGCUUUGCAAAAUGGAGAUUUCAUCCUCCUCACAUUCCAAUGGCAUUGUAUUUGCUUCCUGAAUAGCAAGUUAUUACCACAAUACUACCAGUGGGCAUUAAAGAAAGCUAAAUGUUGAACUAAACUUUGUAACAUACUUCAACACUUUUUGGUUAAUACAUUUGCCCAAGGCAUUCUGCUCCUCUCACAGUUUUAUUUAGUGGAGUUGCCAUUUUCACUUGGGAUGAUGUGAUACUAAAGGGCUAGGCUUGAUUCUAAGACCACAUGUCAACAUAGACAUACAGUAGACAAGCCAAUCAGCUAUGCCCUGGGCGUAGCCACAGGGAACACAGAUAACCUAUCAACUCAAAGGGCUGGGUGAAUGUCCAAUCCCAGAGCAUACAGUAGUUUGCCAGUGGCACAUGACUAAUGAAUGCCAAUUGAUCCCAUUUAUUGAAAGAACAUGGUGCAUAUUUCUCCAUAUCACAAGUGGGUUGCAGAUGCAGUCAGGAUCAACAAGAGUGCAAUAUGUGGUAAGAGCAGCAGUAUUCUCUCGUGGACAGACUACGUAACAGAAAUGGUAGCAUAAAUUUGUUAUGGGCUAUGGGAUGUGUCAACUAACAAGCAGAGUAGUCUAGGUACUUGGGUUUUUCAUCACUGGUUAUUUGGACGUAUCAGGAUUGGGCAAAGAUGGUGAGAGUUUCUGUUUACGAGGGUGUAGACUUCGCAAAUCGCGUUAGACAUUGUACUAACACGUCUCCCCAAAGAACUUCAUCUGGAUUAAUUGAGAUUAGAGCAACAGUAGCCACAAUGUAGCAUAGUGUUUUCAACUCUCUUGUGGGAGAUGAAAGUGAGACAAGCAUUGAAGCAACAAACUGUUGAAAAGUACAGUGACUUCAGAAUGUAUUCACACCCCUUGAUUUUUUUCUACAUUUUGUGUUACAAAGUAGAAUUAAGAUGGAUUUAAUUGUCAUUUUUUUUGUCAACGAUCUUAACAAAAUACUCUGUAAUGUCAAAGUAGAAGAAAAAUAAGAUUUGUAAAAAACAAUAUGUAAAACACUAAUAUCUUGAUUAGAUAAGUAUUUAAAACUUCCUAUGGCUGAGAUCCCGUUAACGGGAUCGAUAUGACAACAGCCAGUGAAAGUGCAGGGCGACAAAUUCAAACAACAGAAAUCUCAUAAUUAAAAUUCCUCAGACAUACAUGUUUCUUAUACCAUUUUAAAUGUAAUCUUGUUGUUAAACCCACCACAGUGUCCGAUUUCAAAAAGGCUUUACAGCGAAAGCACCACAAACAAUUAUGUUAAGUGACCGCCAAGUCACAGAAAAACACAGCCAUUUUCCCAGCCAAAGACAGGAGUCACAAAAAGCAGAAAUAGAGAUAAAAUGAAUCCCUAACCUUUGAUGAUCUUCAUCAGAUGAAACUCAUAGGACUUCAUGUUACACAAUACAUGUAUGUUUUGUUCGGUAAAGUUCAUAUUUAUAUAAAAAAUCUCAGUAUACAUUGGCACGUUAUGUUCAGUAGUUCCAAAAACAUCCGGUGAUUUUGCAGAGAGCCACACCAAUUUCCAGAAAUACUCAUAAUAAACGUUGAUCAAAGAUACAAGUGUUAUACAUGGAAUUUUAGACCCACUUCUCCUUAAUGCAACCGCUGUGUCAGAUUUCAAAAAAGCUUUACGGAAAAAGCAAACCAUGCAAUAAUCUGAGUACGGCGCUCAGAGCCCAAACCUGCCAAGAAGAUAUCCGCCAUAUUGUGCAGUCAACAAAAGUCAGAAAUAACAUGAUAAAUAUUCACUUACCUUUGAUGAUCUUCAUCAGAAUGCACUCCCAGGAAUCCCAGUUCCACAAUAAAUGUUUGUUUUGUUCGAUAAUGUCCAUCAUUUAUGUCCAAAUAGCUACUUUUGUUAGCGCGUUUUGUAAAC